AAGUUUUAUCAGUAGAACAGACACUGCACAUGCCCAGGUAUAGAAGUACUGUACUAACAUUAAUAAGUGGAUUUUGAACUACCUUAACAAAGACAUAAACCAAAAGAAUUCAUAUGGGGAAUUAUAAAUCCAGACCUACACAGACUUGUACAGAUGAAUGGAACAAAAAAGUAAAUGAAUCUUACUCUGUUGUUAUUGAAAGACUCGAAGAUGACCUAAGGAUCAAAGAAAAUGAACUUGUGGAACUAAACCAUGUUUUUAGCUCUGAUGAAGCCUUCAGCAAGGUCAACAUGAACUAUCGAACAGAAAAUGGUCUCUCGCUUCUGCAUAUGUGCUGUAUUUGUGGUGGGAAUAAGUCACACAUUAGAACACUUAUGCUGAAAGGGUUACGACCCUCAAGACUAACACGAAAUGGAUUUACAGCUCUUCAUUUGGCCGCAUAUAAGGACAAUGCUGAGGUGAUAACAGCCUUGCUGCAUGGUGGUGCAGAUGUCCAACAAGUUGGAUAUGGUGCUCUGACAGCUCUUCAUAUUUCUUCCAUAUCAGGCCAUCAUGAGGCUGUUGAUAUUUUAUUACAACAUGGUGCUUACGUCAAUGUCCAGGAUGCUGUCUUCUUCACACCCUUGCACAUCGCUGCCUACUAUGGCCAUGAACAGGUAACGAGGCUUCUGCUGAAAUUUGGAGCAGAUGUAAAUGUAAGUGGAGAAGUUGGAGAUAGGCCUCUGCAUUUGGCCUCAGCUAAAGGAUUCCUUGCAAUUGUCAAGCUGCUAAUGGAGGAAGGAAGCAAAGCUGAUGUGAAUGCACUGGACAAUGAAGACCACAUCCCAUUACAUUUUUGCACAAGAUUUGGCCACCACGAGAUUGUAAACUACUUGCUACAAGGAAAUUUCGGUCUAAAACCUCAUGCAGUUAACAUUUAUGGUGACACACCCCUGCACUUGGCUUGCUAUAAUGGAAAAAUGGAAGUUGUCAAGGAGUUACUGCAGCUGUCUGGAACAGAGAGCUUGACAAAGGAGAACAUCUUCAGUGAAACUCCAUUUCACAGUGUCUGCACAUAUGGAAAAAGCAUAGAACUAAGCAAAUAUCUUCUAAGUCUCAACAUUAUAAGUAUCAAUCAUCAAGGAAGGGAUGGACAUACAGGACUACACAGCGCUUGCUAUCAUGGUCAUAUUCGAUUAGUUCAGUUCUUACUGGAUAAUGGAGCAGACAUGAACUUGGUGGCAUGUGACCCCAGUCGUUCAAGCGGAGAGAAAGAUGAACAAACUCCUCUGAUGUGGGCCUAUGAAAAAGGCCAUGAUGCAAUUGUUACUCUUCUGAAGCAUUAUAAGAGACCCCAGGAUGAAUCUCCAUGUAAUGAGUACUCCCACCCUGGUGGUGAUGGUUCUUACGUUUCUGUGCCAUCACCUCUCGGGAAGAUUAAAAGUAUGACUAAAGAAAAAGCAGACGUCCUUCUUUUACGUGCCAGCUUACCGUCCCAUUUUCAUCUUCAGCUGUCUGACAUUGAAUUUCAUGAGAUUAUCGGAACAGGUUCAUUUGGAAAGGUAUAUAAGGGGAGAUGCAGAAAUAAAAUUGUUGCCAUUAAAAGGUAUCGAGCCAAUACAUACUGUUCCAAAUCAGAUGUGGAUAUGUUUUGCCGAGAAGUUUCAAUCCUCUGCAGGCUUAAUCAUCCAUGUGUAAUUCAGUUUGUCGGUGCUUGUUUAGAUGACCCCAGCCAGUUUGCCAUUGUUACUCAAUACGUUUCGGGAGGCUCACUCUUUUCCUUGCUGCAUGAACAAAAAAGGAUUAUAGAUCUUCAGUCUAAGCUGAUCAUUGCUGUUGAUGUUGCCAAAGGAAUGGAGUAUCUUCACAAUCUCACACAACCUAUUAUACACAGAGAUCUAAACAGCCAUAACAUUCUGUUAUAUGAAGAUGGACAUGCUGUGGUAGCAGAUUUUGGAGAAUCCAGAUUUCUUCUGUCAAUGGAUGAAGAUAACAUGACAAAGCAACCAGGGAACCUUCGGUGGAUGGCCCCAGAGAUUUUCACACAGUGCACCCGCUAUAGCGUGAAGGCCGAUGUUUUCAGUUAUGCACUCUGUCUUUGGGAGCUGCUAACAGGAGAAAUUCCAUUUGCACACUUAAAACCAGCUGCUGCAGCAGCCGACAUGGCUUAUCAUCAUAUUCGACCUCCAAUUGGGUAUUCCAUACCAAAGCCCAUAUCAUCACUGUUAAUGAGAGGAUGGAAUGUAUGCCCUGAAGAAAGACCAGUAUUUUCUGAAGUGGUUGCCAAGCUGGAAGAAUGUCUGUGUAACAUUGAGCUGAUGUCUCCAGCCUCCAGUAACAGUAGUGGUUCAUUAUCGCCCUCUUCAUCUUCAGACUGCUUGGUUGCUCGUGGAGGUCCAGGUCGCAGUCAUGUGGCAGCAUUACGUACUCGCUUUGAGCUGGAAUAUGCUUUAAAUGCAAGGGCCUAUGCAGUUUGGACACAGAGCACUGGACGACGUCCAUCCCAGGGCCUGUCACUGGAUGACCUAAGAAAAAAUCUGCAAUAUCCACCAAUCGACAAGAAUGGUUAUGUCUCGGACCCCAUGAGUACUAUGCGUCUUCAUUCUUGCAGCAGUAAUGGCAGCUUUGAAGACAGCAGCUGAUACAGAAGCACCAUGCCUGAGAAGCAGUUCAUCUUCAAGAUUCAGCAGUAACUGUGACCAUCAUGUUGGAAUUCCAUUUACAAACAGCAAGUUCAGCCUGUGUUCUGAAACCUUGCAGAGGUGUAGAUCUUU